AUGGUCUAUACUGUAGCAUCUCCAGAUGAGUACCUCGCCGUCACCGGUGCUGGUAUUCGUACUGUUAAGAUUACCAAGAGUGCUUGGGUUUGGCCACUCCAAAGAUGCCAACGUUUCAGCAUUCAGCCACAUGAUUACUCCAUGAAUCUCCAGGCUAUGACGCGGGAGAAACUUCAGUUCUUGCUUCCUGUGGUCUUUACUGUCGGUCCCUACGUCAAUCAAAAAGGUGUCAUUGAUGGUCAAACUACUCGAGAUUCUCCUGAUGCUGAUCUUACUCACGCCCCAGCUCCAGAGGACCGUGGUGAUGCUCUUAUGAAAUACGCCAUGCUCCUCUCUGAGGGUGAACAGAAGAAAGGCGUUACCAAGAGCCAGCACAUCGAAAACAUUGUCAAGGGUAUUAUCGAGGGAGAGACUCGUGUCUUGGUAUCUUCGAUGACUAUGGAAGAGAUCUUUACUGAGAGAGAGGAGUUCAAGAAGCGUAUUUUCCGCAACAUCCAAGGCGAACUCGGUCAAUUUGGUCUCAAAAUCUACAACGCCAACGUCAAGGAACUUCGAGACGCCCCACAAUCCAGUUACUUCGAAUCUCUAUCACGAAAAGCUCAUGAGGGAGCUAUCAAUCAAGCGCGAAUUGACGUGGCAGAAGCACAGCGACGUGGUAAUGUUGGGGAAGCUCAAAGACAGGGAGAGCAAAAUCGAGAGAUUGCAAAGAUCAAUGCUGAGACCGCGGUCCAAAAGACAGAACGAGACUCCGAGAGAGCCCAAGCAGAAGCGACUCUUGCAACCCGUAAAACCGUUUUCAAUCGGGAUGUGAGCAUCGCUCAAAUUGAAGCUACGCGAGCAACCGAGUCCCGUGACGAAGAACUUCGAAAGGAGGUCGAAGUCAAGCGCGCCUUUACCGAAUUGGAGAGACUCCGAGCCAGUGAUGUCGUCAAAGCUACCAUCCUUCGAGAAGCCAAACAGCAAGCCGCUGAUGCCAAACUCUACGAGGAGCAGGCCAAAGCCAACGCCGCGCUCUUCUCCGAGCAAAAAGCAGCUGAUGCUCGCGCCUAUACCCUUCGUAUUCAAGCUGAAGCCAAUUUCAUGGCUGCUGCCAAGGAAGCAGAAGCACAACUCGUCAGACAGCAAAAGGAAGCCGCUGGUCUCUCGGCCAUGGCUGCCGCGUACAGUGACCUCUCUGCUGCUUUCGGUGGUCCAAGCGGUCUUAUCCAGUACAUGAUGAUUGAGAAGGGUAUUUAUCAACAAAUGGCUAAACACAAUGCCGAGGCGGUCCGUGGUCUGAACCCAAAGAUGACGAUUUGGAAUACCGGCGCGCAAGCUGGUAGUGAGGGUGGAGAGGCAAGUGGUAGUGGAACUGGCAUGGGUGGUGUCGAGUCGAUUCGGAAUAUGUAUCAGAUGCUUCCGCCGUUGAUGAGUACUAUUAAUGAGCAAACUGGUAUCGUACUCCCAGAAUGGCAAUUCGGUAAACUUGCUGGCCAGAUGAGCGAACAGGAACGUACUGGCAAGAAAGUCAAGGGACUAGGCGCUAAUGGUACUGAGCACGCUUAA